UCAAGUUUUACAGAAGAGGCUUAAUUUUUAUAUUAUAGAAGUUCGUACGUGAUUUUUGAAUAUAAUUUUUAAAUACAAAUUAUUUGCCAAUAUAAAAGAAAAUUAGGUAGAGAUAGUUUUAUUUCUAAAAAUACUGAACAUUGUGUGACACUUCCUGGAAAAAGUAACAAGACCGUUCAAGUUUUUUUACAAAUAUAGUAUAUUUGUCAAAUAUAAAACCAAAUAACACGUAGCAAAAAUGGCUGAAGCUGAUCAUUUGGAAGAUACUCACUUCGAAACUGGUGAUUCUGGUGCAUCAUCUAGUUAUCCUAUGCAAUGUUCAGCAUUAAGAAAGAACGGUUUUGUUAUGAUUAAAGGACGUCCAUGUAAAAUUGUUGAAAUGUCUACCUCAAAGACUGGCAAACACGGUCAUGCUAAAGUGCAUUUAGUUGGCAUUGACAUUUUCACUGGUAAAAAAUAUGAAGAUAUUUGCCCAUCUACUCACAAUAUGGACGUACCACAUGUUAAACGUGAAGAUUAUCAAUUGACUGAUAUAAGCGAUGAUGGUUAUUUAACUUUGUUGAAUGAUGGCGGUGAUUUGCGUGAAGAUUUAAAGUUACCAGAAGGUGAUUUGGGCCAACAAAUACGUACAGAAUUCGAUAACGGCAAAGAAUUAUUGUGCACUGUCCUAAAAUCAUGUGGUGAAGAAUGUGUCAUUGCAAUCAAAACUAAUACAGCCUUUGACAAAUAAAACCAUAGAAUAUAAUGAAAAUGUUAAAUGAUGAUAAUAGCACACAACAACAUCAGCAACAAAAAAAAUAUAUUCAAUUAAAAAAAUAACAGCCGAAAUUAUAAGAUUGUAUUUAAAAAUAACAAUUUGUAACAACAAUUUCAACGACAUCAAUCAAUAAGAAUAAAAAACAAAAGAGUAGAUUUCUUCAAUCCAAAAUACAAAAAUCAAAACAAAACAAACAAUUUGCAGCAAAUUAUUGACCUCGUCCCUGUUGCUUAUUACGUUUUUUUUUUUUUUUUUUUAUUUUUUAUAUUAUGGAAAAUAAAUAAGUAAUAUUAAAAUAAAGAUUAUAUAUUUAAUAAAACUAAUAAUUAUUAAUAAAAUAUUAAAGAGAACAACAAAAAAUGGGAAACUCAGAUGAAUUUAUAAUUAUUCAGUUCAGGUGAAAAAUUAGUAUAUCAAUAAAUAAAUAAAUAAAAUAAAUAACCAGAAACGAUA